AUACUCGGUCAUCCAUAGGAAAUGGGUGCCAACGUGGUGAUGGCUCCUCUGCUCCACCUGGAGAAAUGUGCAUUUCUGCCAACCAGUGUGGAGAGAGCAGUGAGGAGAAACAAGGUUCCUCCUGUGACAAGUGUGAUUUUGAAACCAAUCUAUGCAAAGCUCUUUAUGAAUCUAAUUUACAGCCUGGAUGGAUAAGAAGAAAUGGUCAAUCUGGCAUAGGACCACCAUAUUCUGACCACAGUGGGAAUGAGAGCGCUUAUUUCCUCUCGUUGUUCCCUGAAAUGCAAUCCUCUUCUGCAACUUUAAGGACAAAUGUUUUCCUUCCAACUGAUGAAGAACAUAUCUGCCAGAUUAGAUUUCGUUACUGGGUCAGCGGAACAUUGAUGGUGGGGCUUCAAAAGCACUCUGAAGACACUGUUACAAAUAUCUGGCAAGUUUCAAGAGAACUACAGAGUCAGUGGAAAGCAAAUACCAUAACAAUCAAUAGCACCGAAAAGUUUGAGGUUAUCUUUUGGGGGAUGGUGGAUGCCCAGAGACAAGAUGAAACUGUUGCCAUUGAUGAUAUUACUUUCAGUGAAGGAUGUUCCCUGGCAUGUGCACCACAGAUUUCCAGUUUUGAACUUGACAUAUGUGAGUGGCAUUCUGACCAGCUGGCUGAGCCUGCUCAGUCGGCAUUGCUGCAAGCUGAGCACAAAAUUGCCUCCUGUUCUUUCCUGAAAGAUUGGAGCAACAAUACUGAAGGCCGUUUUGAAUGGUUAGAAGCUAAUGACAAUGCAUUAUAUGAAAGUGCUUAUCUAAACAACUUCAUGUGCCAUUGCUCCAGCAAGAAUUGCCAUUUUCAGUUUCAUUACUCCAUGGCAGAUAGCAGUGUUCUCAAAGCAGUACUGUUUAUUAAUCAGGAGGAGUAUGUCUUGUGGGAAACCAACAUCAUGACUAAGAAGGAAUGGGUCAAAGUGAAUAUACAGCUACCAACAGGACCAGAAAAAUUAAAGCUUAUGUUUAAAGGAACACUCCAGAGCAGGGAAGGUUACAUUUGUCUGAAUAGCAUCCAGCUCUUGGACAUCACAACAUCAGAGCCACCAGGUUCCUGCUCCCUAGAAGAAUUCACCUGCAGGGAUGGGCAGUCCACGGCACCUGGAGCAGCCUGUGAUUCCCACACAGAUUGUUCUGAUGGCAGUGAUGAGGACCCAGCAGCUUGCUCUAAUUACACCUUAUGUGAUUUUGAGACUGACCUUUGUGGAUGGAGGCCACUGAGCAGAGAUGAUGCUGACUGGAACAUAAUGAAAGAACAGGCUCCCCUUGACAGGAAACUCCCUGGCAGAGGUAAUACAGCUAAUACAGGGCUUGGAGCAUUUGUUUACUUCGGUGGAUCACAUCAGAUGAACACAAAGAUGGUCAUGUCUCAUCUGGGGAGCCCUUUUCUUGUCAAGAUGUCCUCUGGGCUCUCCUGCUGUCAGGUAAGAUUUUGGUACAGGUUAUCUCAGGGUUCCCAGCUUUCUGUCUUUAGGAGAACUGCAUUGGAUGGAAGUUUGGAAAAAUUACGUGACAUUUCAGGAUCGCCUGAGAUGAAGUGGACAAAAGGGAAUAUACCUGUAGAAAGUGCAGCUGAGGAAUUACCUUUUCAGAUUAUUUUACGAGGUACUAUUCUAACAACAAAUGCCACUGUUGCUAUUGAUGACAUCAGUAUAACAGAGGAAUGUGUAGUUGUGAAUAGAACACUUUCAGGUGUCAGCCAGGAAAGUGAAGCUGCUGUAUGUGACUUUGAAAGAGAGAGCUGUGGCUGGAUUGAAACUGUAAAUGGAGAUGAAUUUGACUGGGUAAGAAGUUCCAGUAGUGCUCUUCCACCUGUGUUUCAGAAGCAAGCUCCUCCAUGGGAUCACACCUACAACAAACCUGAAGGUCAUUUUAUGUUCAUUCUGAAGAGCAGCAACAGCAUUUCACAAAUAGCUCGGCUACGAAGCCCAAAGUUCAGGCAAACUGGAGCAAAUUGCACACUGUCUUUUUGGUAUUACAACUAUGGACAGUCAGUUGGGGCUGCAGAGCUGCAAUUGCUUGUAGAUGGGCUGAAACAGCCUACUGUCCUUUGGAGGACAUACUACAACGAGGGAAAUCAGUGGUUGAAGGCAGUCAUUCAACUUGGACGCCUUCCACAUCCUUUCCAAUUUUCACUUGAUAAAAUCAGUCUGGGUUUUUAUGACGGUGUCUCAGCAAUUGAUGAUAUUAGAUUUGAAAACUGUGCUCUCUCACCUCCAGCAUUAAGUUGUGAAGGUCCAAAUCACUUUUGGUGCAAAAAGACAAAAGCAUGUAUUGACAGUUUGUUGGUCUGUGAUCUUGUGGAUGACUGUGGGGAUGGAUCAGAUGAAGAGAACUGUAACCCUGACCUACAGUGUAACUUUGAAAAUGGGCUGUGCAAUUGGGAACAGAGCGUAAAGGAUGACUUUGACUGGAUUAGAAUACGAGGUCCAACCCCCACGGUUAAUACAGGCCCUUUAAAGGAUCACACGACAGGCACAGUCAGGGGUCACUACAUUUACAUGGAAUCCUCUGAGCCACGCCAAUUCCAAGACAAAGCAGUUUUGCUUAGUCCUCUCUUCAGCCCUUCUGGCAAUGGAACCUGUGUUUUCCGCUUUCAUUAUCACAUGUUUGGAAAACAAGUUUACAAGCUGUCGGUCUUCAAAAGAACUGUGAGUAAUGCUAUGGGAUGGCCCUUGUGGUACAAGUUCGGAAAUCAAGAGAACAGAUGGAUCAGACAAACACUCCACAUCAGCAGUUCUAAGCCAUUUCAGAUCUUGGUGGAAGGUACUGUAGGCGAUGGUUUCACUGGAGACAUUGGACUUGACGACAUGUCUUUUCUAGGCUGUACUCUUUACAAUGGAAGCUUGCCCACUAUCUCUACACCUACUUCAGGAACUUCAGUUCCUGCCACACUCCCCAUGAACAACUGCACAGAGAAGGAGUUUGUCUGUAGAGCCUCUGGCCGCUGCAUCCAAAUGACCCAGAAGUGUGAUUUUAGACCUGACUGCUCCGAUAAGUCUGAUGAAUCAGAUUGUGUUAUGGAAGUCUGCAACUUUGAAGACAAAAACCUAUGUGGAUGGCAUCAAGCAGCCUUGGAACAGAUGUCAGGAAGUUAUUCCAUACAUACCACAAACAUAUUCAAAUGGAAACUUGGAAGAGGGGCAAAUCUCUACCCUGAGCAGGAGCAACACAGCCCAUUAACUGAUCAUACUACGUUUACUGAAGAAGGCUGGUAUCUGUUCGCAGAUAGCUCAAAUGGAGAAUUUGGUCACACAGCUGACUUUGUUACCCCAGUCAUCUCCCUUACAGGUCCCAGAUGCAAAAUCAUAUUCUGGAACUACAUGAAUGGUUCAACAAUUGGUUCUCUGGAGGUACUCUGUAAAACCAGUAACAGGACUUCUAAAUUGUGGACUCAAAGUGGCAGCCAAGGUGCACAGUGGAACAGAGCAGAAGUGUUCUUGGGAAUUCGAUCCAAUUUUCAGGUUAUUUUCAGGGCAAAACGUGGUGUCAGUUACAUGGGAGACGUGGCAGUGGAUGAUAUUACCUUUGAAGAUUGUUCCCCUUUGCUCAUCUCAGGCAAACCUUGCACAUCAGAGGAAUUUACCUGUGCCAACAAGUACUGCAUCCCAAAGAAUAAUCUGUGUGAUUUUGUAAAUGACUGUGCAGAUAACUCGGAUGAAAGCCCUACUACUUGCAGUACAUCUAUUGGGCAUUGCGACUUUGAGUUUGAUCUUUGUGGAUGGAAGCAAGAUGAAAAUGAUGAUUUUGACUGGAACCUGAGAACUAGCAGUACUCCAAAAUUGGGCACCGGACCAGCUACUGAUCAUACACUGCAAGAGCCAUCUGGUCAUUAUAUUUUUAUAAAGAGUUCCUUUUUUCAGCUGCCAGGCGAGAAAGCUAGGAUUUCUAGUCCUGUCCUAAGCAAAAGGAAUAAAAACUGCAAGAUAAUUUUCUAUUACCAUAUGUAUGGAGCUCACGUUGGAUCACUGAUUGUCUACCAAAGAACUACAUUAAAACAUGAAAGAAUUCUCCUUAAUCUUACUGGAAACCAGGGAAAUUUCUGGCAGCACAAGGCACUGACACUGACUGGAAAUGGAAAUGAAGAUUUUCAAGUUGUCUUUGAAGGAAUAGCUGGAAAUGGUCCCAAAGAUGGCAUAGCACUUGAUGACCUUACAUUUUCCAAGGAGUGCUUACCACUGCAGGAGUUUUUACCAGCAGAACCCACAAAGCUGCCUCCAACAGGCUCCUGCUCACAUGGCCAUUGGCAGUGCCAGAACGGCAAUUGUUACAGACCAGAACAAAGCUGUGAUUUUGAAGAUAACUGUGGGGAUAAUACAGAUGAGAGUGAAUGUGGAACUUCCUGCACCUUUGAGAACGGCAGAUGUGGCUGGAAAAAUUCUCUGGCUGACAGUUUUAACUGGGUGCUAGGGAUCAGCUCACCUCAAAGUCUCAGACCUCCUGCAGACCACACCUUUGGAAACAGAACUGGACACUUCCUAUAUCUUGAGGCCACUGCAGUAGGCCUAAUAAAUGAAAAAGCCCAUGUGAAGAGUUCUAUAUGGAAAGAAUCAAGUGGGACUUGUGUGAUGAGCUUCUGGUACUUCAAGUCAUCAAAAGCCAUGGGACAUAUUCAGGUUCUGAUUAAGACUAAUGAUGGCAUUGUGAAAAUAUGGAGUGAAUCAGGAAGUCACGGCUAUGAGUGGAACAAAGUUGAGUUACACUUGGGGAAGCUGAGGAAUUUUGAAGUUAUCUUUGAAGGCAUUCGUACCAGAGACUUAGGAGGAGGAGCAGCAAUAGAUGACAUAGAGUUCAACGACUGCACCACAGUUGGAGAGAAUCCCAGGGAAUGCCCUGCCUUCACUGAUUUUGUGUGUGGGAAUCAGAAUUGCAUAGAGUCUCAGUUCGUCUGUGACUAUAAGCCAGACUGUGAAGACCUAUCUGAUGAAGCUGACUGCAGUUACUACACAAGUAUUCCUGGAAGCUGUAACUUUGAAAUACAAGACCAAGAAUGGACAAGUGCAUGUGGAUUAACACAAGACCCUAAUGAUGAUUUUGACUGGAAUAUUAGCAACACUGCUGUCAAGGGACAAAUGGGUCCUCAUACUGACCACACACCAGGUAAAGGACAGAGGUUUUUGUAUGUAAACUCAUCUGCCCAGAAGGAAGGAAACAGAGCAAGGAUAACUACCACCAAAUUCUUCCCAGCUAGUCUUGGGGUCUGUAGGGUUCGGUUCUGGUUCUGGAUGUUUGCUUCUAGGCAAGCAGGAGUCCUAAAGGUAUACACAGUUGAAGAACAUGGAAUGGAUAUUCUUAUGUGGUCUUCUAGCAGAAACGAAGAAAACAAAUGGAUGUAUGCAAGUGUACUCCUCUCCAGUAACAGCCCUUUCAGAGUUGCCUUCGAAGCUGAAGUGGGGUGGAGUGAACCCACAGAAUUUGCUCUAGAUGAUAUUUCUUUCACCCCAGAAUGCAUUGAUGGAGGAUUAGCUGAUCCACACCCUCCAACUUGCAGCAGUGAUAAGUUCACAUGUGCAUAUGUGCAGCAGUGUUUGUCCCUCGCUGCAAGAUGCAAUGGGGUUGAAGAUUGUAUGGAUGGAAGUGAUGAAAUGAACUGUCCCAUGGAGAGGCCCACCACCGUGACUCCAGGCUCCUGCAAGGACACAGAGUUCUUGUGUCCCUCCACAGGUUGUAUCCCGUCCCUCCUGAAAUGCGAUGGUGUGCCUGACUGCCACCUUAAUGAAGAUGAAGUUGGCUGCCCCAUUAAAGAUUGUUUCAAUGGUUCUUUGUUAUGUGCAUCAACUAAUCAAUGUAUAGCAGUCUCCCAACGUUGUGAUGGAAAUGCAGACUGCCUUGAUUUCAGCCUUGAUGAGUCCAGCUGUUCAGUUUGUCCUGAAGAAUACUGCAAAAAUGGAGGAAGAUGCAUCAUCAAAUAUGACAUUCCAUUAUGCCAAUGUGGAAAAGGAUGGAAAGGAAACCGUUGCCACAUAAGUGCUAAGCCUCUUCAGCCUCCAACUUCAACUGUCCUACAAAAUGAUAUUUGGAUUGGGUUUGGUAUUGGUUUCUUGUUGAUUAAAAUUACAGCUGCUGCCUUGUAUUUUCUUUCGAAGAAGAAAGUGCCAGAAACGAAAGUACAGGAAACUGCAAAUGUUUCAUUUGCCAAUCCAUUGUACCAAGACUUUAAUUCAUCUGAGAAAGUACAGUCUCCUGGGUAUGCCACCUCACCUGCUGUUCAAAUCAGUGUUUCUCCAUGGCAUGAGUAUCUGUUUAAUGAAGAUGUGAAUGCUACUUCUUUUCCAAAUCCUCUCUAUGGUGUAGCAUCAGAAGACAUGGAGAAAUUGUGUAGUUCCUUGAAAACAUAAACAAAAUCCAGGAUGAAUAUUGAUUGUAACUCUUUGCCUGAAAAUUGUUUCUAAAAAAAAUUGAAAGUAUGUCAUGAUACUGUAGUGUUUGCAAUAUGGAUGAAUAACCCUUCACAGAAUAAUUCUUUUAUUAAAAUAAUUACGUUCAGAAAAUAACUUUAUAUUAAAAAUGGAAUCCAUAUAUAAGUAAAACAUAAUUACAUAUAGUCUUCUGUUAUUUCUA